AUGAAGCUCAAAUUUUUGGAAACAAUAAUCCCAUCACAGGUAAAUUUUUACAAUAGAAGUUUUUUUUUAAAUCGAAAAAAAGAAUAGUUUUCUAUAACCGUAGCUCUUUUAGUUUUUAUGAGCAAUAGUUCAUAUGAGCUUCGACGUGAUUUCAGAAUCAAAAAAAUUAGACAUAGUUCUAGGCUAUAAUCAAAUCACAUGUUUUUAGCAUAACCAUGCCAUUUAACAACUAUACGAAAUGCACUUCAUUUCACUUUUUCCCAUUUUUUUUCUCAUUCCGUUUCAUAUAAUAUUUUAUAAUAUAAUUCUCCAUUCUUUUAAAAAAAAAAGUUAUAGACAAAAAUAAUUCUUUGCAAUAUGACUCAUAUAAUUGUUUCAUCUUUUUCUCAUAGUUCACUAAUUGUCGUACUGUUUCUCAAAACAUUUUUGAUAAAAAUGUUUUGAUUUUUCAAAAAAUAAUUGCUCUCGAUUUCGGUGAAGAUGAAAGAAUUUCUUUAGAAAAUGUCAAGUGUUGAGAACGUUACAAUUUUGAGGAAAUGGUCAGGAAACAAGGGGUCAUAGAAAUUUACAAUUUUGAAAAGUUAGUGGUUACAUGUUUUGUUUGAGUCUUACUUGAAUUGAACUUCAUAGACCAUCUCUAUAUACUGUUUUCAGAUGAAAUGUUAAUUUUAAUUUUUUUUGGGUUUCUAAAAUUUUGUUGCAAUGAAAGAUCUGGGUGGAGAUUUAUAUAAAAAUCCGAGCUUAAAAAAUGUUGAUUUUGUUUUAUCUCUCUUUCCAUAAAAAAAAACAAAGAGAAUUGUCAAUAGCAAUAUAUUACUUUUUCACACACUUAAAUCAAAAUAUUUUCACAUAAUAAAACUGAAAAUCAUUUUUUGAGGAUGGCGAAUCGAAAAUAACUUGUAUAGCGUGUUCUCCAAACGGUCAGAGAACUGCAAUUGCUUGUGCUGAUCGUUCAAUUGUUCUUCUUGAUGAAAAUGGAAAUCAGAAAGAUAGGUUCACAUGCAAACCAGUUGAUUCAAAGGUAUAAGUUUUUCUAUUCACUCCCAAAACAUUCUAACAUUUUUCUAAAUGUUCCAUUACAGUACUCAAAAAAAUCAUUCACAAUAAUUUGUAUGACAUUUUCGCCUGAUUCAUCUCGCGUCGCCGUCGGUCAAAGUGAUAACGUUGUCUUUAUAUAUAAAGUCGGCACGACAUGGUAUGCACACCUUGGCUUUUUUUUAUGAAAUAGCCCAAAAAAAUAAUUGUUCUCGUUGUAAAGUGCUCUUUUAAUAAUCAUUUUUUGAAGGAACGAAAAAAAAGUGAUUGUCAACAAAUUUGUGCAACCUUCUGCUGUUAGUUGUUUGAAUUGGCCCUUCGAUGAUAAGAUUUUAAUCGGGCAGCUUGAUGGAAAGGUAUGAGAAAAUCGAGAAAAAUUACACCGUGUAUCAAAUAACAAAUUGAAAGUUCAGACAAAUCUAUUUUUAGAAACUAAUAAAAGUGCAUUUGCAAAAAAGGAAAGAGUACUGUAGCUAUACGAACAACAAAAUAAUUGUAGGUUCGUAUUGGAUUAAUGAAAAAUAACAAAUGCAGUUCAUUAUACAAGACUGAUCAAGCGGUGGUCAGCAUGCAUGCACAGUAAGAUUUUUAUGAAUGUUUUUUUUUCAAAUCCAUUUUGAUAAUCGAAUUUACAGCCCAAAGAAAACAUGUUUUGUAUCAGCUCAUUCGGACGGAAGUAUAAUUAUGUACAGCUUCAGCAGUCGAACUCAAUCAAAAAUUUGUACACUUCAAACAUCUCCAUAUAACAUGGUAUUCACUAAUUAUGGAUUAGUGAUUGCUGGAGCAGAUAGAAGAGUUUUAUCAUAUACAGAAAACGGAGUUGUUCAACAACAAUUUGAUUAUAGUGAUCAAGAUGAGAAAGAGUUUUCUUCGAUUGUUUGUGAUCCAACCGCUCAAAAUGUUGUUGUUGCAAGUUAUGAUCGAAUUCGGUUAUUUUCUUGGUCAGUUAGAAGAGGAGCGUGGGAUGAAGGAACACCAUUGGAGAUUGAGAAUUUGUAUAUGAUAACUGCAUUAGGAUGGAAAAUGGAUGGGUCAACAGUUUACGCAGUGAGUUUGUUGAUUUUUUAAAAGUUUACAUAGUGAUACUAGACUCCAGUGAUUCCACCCGAUAAAGAUUAUUAAAAAACACCUUUUUCAGGGAACCGUGACUGGCGCAGUUCUUGCGAUUGACUGUUGUUUGCGGCGAGGAAUGUUAAAAAGUCGAUUUGAAACAACUUAUGUUGCUCCAUCGCAUGUUAUCAUUAAAGAUGUUGCAAAUGACACAAGAACAAAUCUCAUAUCAAACAAAGGAUUAGCAAUUGAUGAGUUGAAAAUAAUGGGUAAAGAUCGAUUCGUUGUAGGAUACACUUCCUCAAGUCUAAUUAUUGCGGAUACAGAAGUUCAGAGAUUUUCCGAAAUUGAAUGGCAAAGUGGCGGACAUGAAAGGUGAAGAAGAACAUUCAAAAUAUCUUGCAUGUUAUACUUUUCCAAUAUAAAAUAUGACGAAAUUUUGUUUUUCCAGAUUCUACUGCGAAUUCAAUAACUGUUGCUUGAUAAUCAAUGCUGGUGAGAUUACUGUGGUUGAAUAUGGAGUUGAUGGAUCACUUGGAUGGGUUAGAACUGAAUUGACAAGUCCGCAUUUGUUGAGUGUGCAAAUUAGUGAUUUUGAUGUGGAAGAAAGUAAAAAAGUGAAAAAGUUAGCCUAUCUAGUCGAUCCAACAACAAUUUCGAUAUGUUAGUUUAUUUAAUUGUAUUGACUUCAUUAUUUGAAAAUUUCUAGAUAAUUUGAUUAAUUCACAACAAGAAUCUUAUAUCAAUCAUACUGGUGCGAUUGAUUGGAUUGAAUUAAAUGAAUCAGCAACAAAAUUGUUAUAUCGUGACAAAAGAUCAAAAGUGACAUUGGCUGAUAUUUCUACAGAUCAAAGAAGUGUUCUUCUAUCAUUUUGUACAUAUGUUCAAUGGGUUCCUAUGAGUGAUGUUAUCGUUGCACAAACUGGUGAUACACUAGCAGUUUGGUAUAAUCCAGAUCUCCCAGAACAAGUCACAAACAUCAAAAUCAAAGGGGAAAUUGAAACUGUUUUGAGAGAUGCUGAUCGAACUGAAGUUAUAGUUCAAGAACCAACAGCAAAAGUUGCUUAUGAAUUGGAUAGUACUCAAAUUGAAUUCGGAGCUGCUUUGGAAAAACGAGAUUUUGAACGAGCAGUCAUGUUUUUGAAUAAUAAUCCAUCUGGACCAGAUUCGUAAGUUUUGGAUUUGUUUCACAAUUUUUAAUAAUUGUCAACAAAGCCCAAAAUCUUACAGAUAUUCGAUGUGGACAAGAGUUGCUGAUUUGGCAUUAGAACAUAGUGAUGUUUUUGUGGCACAACAAUGUUAUGCAGCAAUUAAUGAUGUGGCAAGGGCCAGAAAAUGUCAUGUAUGUGAACAGGAAAUGGGGAAAAAUAAUGAAAAGUAUUAAAGCAAAGUGCGACAUAAACCAAAAAGCGUUCAAUAUCUAUUUCUUCCUCAGGUUUUGACUGAAAAAAAUAAACUAUGGAAAAAAAUGAAAAAAAAAAACGCAGAAAAUUCAAAAGUUCCGUCUGUUCGCUAGAGCGCGUUUGCCUCCCUCAUGAGAGUAUGCGAAUGGCUGUUUCUAUUCGCUUUUGUUCUCAUAUGCUAGUUUUUCUUCUUUUUUUUCGACAAACGGGUGUUCACCAAGUGUAGCAAGAACCCGGUAAUGAAGAUAACUUGUAUUUAUCUCGAACUCCACGUUUAAUGUUUCAGGAAAUAAUGGAAUUGGCUGAUGAGAUCAGUCAAAAUACCGGUGGAGAUGGAAUGAAUUCAUAUAAAGUUAGAGCAAUGUUGGCAGUAAUGGGAAGAAAGUUUAAAGACGCUGAAAGAAUUUUCCUGGAAGAAAAUGAUAUUGAAGGAGCAGUAAAUAUGUAUACAACAUUGCACAAAUGGGAUGAAGCAUUAGAAUUAGCGAAAGCAACAAAUUAUCCCGGAUAUGAACAAUUGAGAACAAGUUAUUUGAGAGCAUUGCAUGAAACUGGACAAGAUUCAAAAGCUGCUGAAUUGAAAGUCACUGAAGGAGAUCCUUUAUCAGCUAUUCAAUUGUAUCUCAAAGGAAAUAAGCCACUGCUUGCUCUCAACACUGCAAUGCACGAUUCACAUUUAUCAACUGAUGACGCAUUAUUGAGACAAAUUGCUGCAUCUUUAAUGAAAAAUCAGAUUUUUGAUAGAGCAGGAGAUGUUUUUGAAAAAUUGAAAGAAUUCGAGACAGCUUUGGAUUGUUAUCGGAAAGGGAAAGCCUAUUCAAAUGCUAUUCAAUUGGCAAGAUUUGCAUAUCCGGAGAAAGUUGUUGAUUUGGAAGAAGAAUGGGGUGAUCAUUUGAGCUCGAUUGGUCAACAUGAAGCAGCUAUCAAUCAUUUCUUGGAAUCAAAUCAAUCUCAAAAAGCUGUUGAUGCGGCAAUUCGUGCUAAAGAAUGGAGUAAAGCUGUUCAUGUGAGUUAAUUAGAAAAAUUCAAUUUCAAAGAAGUUGUUUUUCAGAUUGUUGAUGUAAUUCAAGAUCAGAAUGUCAGCAAACAAUAUUAUGGGAAAAUUGCAGAUCAUUAUGCCGGAGUUGGAGAAUUUGAUGUAAAAAUUGAAAAAAAAAACAUUUGUCAAAUAAUUGAAAGAUAAUUUUCAGAGAGCGGAAAGACUUUUCAUCGAAGCUGACCUUCAGAAAGAAGCUAUCACUAUGUAUAUCAAAAAUAAUCGAUGGUCUGAUGCUUAUAGGGUAGGUCUAACUGAACACGAAACUUGGGAUUUUGAUUUAAAAAGUUUUACAGUUGUCAGAAGAAUUUCUUGGGAAGGAGGAAACUUUGCGAAUGUAUGAAAGAAAAGCUGAAGAAUUAGAAGGACAAGGUAGAUUUAGUGAAGCCGAGCAACUAUAUAUCUCAAUUGGACUAUCAAACAAAGCAAUUCAAAUGUAUAAAACAGCUGGGCGAGAUGAAGAUGUUCUUCGACUUGUUGAAAGAUAUCACGGUGAACAUUUACAAGAAACAAGAAAACAUUUUGCUAUGGAAUAUGAGCAAAGAGGUGAUCUGAAGGCUGCUGAAGAUGAAUUCUUAAAAGCAGGUGAUUGGAAAUCUGCUGUUAAUAUGUAUAAAGAAAAUGAAAUGUGGUCUGAUGCACAUCGAAUUGCAAAAUUUGAAGGUGGAGACAAUGCUGAAAAACAAGUUUUGUUUAUGUGGGCAAAGAAUUUGGGUGGAGAUGCAGCUGUCAAAUUAUUGAAUAGAUAUGGAAUGUUAUCUGAAGGAAUUGACUUUGCAUGUGAAACUGGUGCAUUUGAUUUUGCUUUUGAUUUAUCAAGGAUUGGAUCGAAAGAUCGAUUACCGGAGGUUCAUAUAAGAAUGGCGAUUCAAUUAGAAGAGGAUGGUAGAAUGGAAGAUGCUGCUAAACAUUAUAUUGAUGGAGCAAAACCAGAAGAAGCUGUCAGAAUGUUUAUUGAGGAUAAAGAUUGGUCAGCAGCAUAUAACAUCGCAAAAGAUCACGCUCCAAAUAUGUUACCAGAUGUUUAUACCGGUAAAGCAAGAAAGGCUUUGGAAGAAGGAGAUCAUGUUCGGGGUGAAAGUUUCCUACUUCGAGCCAACAAACCGGAUAUAAUUUUGAGGUAAUGAAAUUGGUCUUCCAAUCGAGUUAUUUUUUUAAUAAUUAUUUAUUUCAGGUACUUCAAAGAAGCUGAAAUGUGGCCAGAUGCACUUCGAAUUGCUAAAGAAUAUCUACCUCAUCAAUAUGCUUUGAUUCGAGAAGAAUAUGAAAAAGCUGAACUUCGAAGUGGUGCAAGAGGUGUAGAUUCAUUCAUUCAACAAGCAAAAGAUUGGGAAGCUCAAGGAGAUUGGGCUCGCGCGGUUCAAACUUUGUUGAAAAUCAAUAGUGAAGUGACUGAAAAUGAGGAUAUUAUUCGAUUAAGUUUGAAUAAAGCAACAGAGCUAACUAUCAAGUUUUUGUUGGGAGAUGAGCAGGUAAACUGAAAAUGAAAUUUAGAAAAAUUAAUAACAAUGUUAUACAGACAAUUCGAAUGGUUCUUACAACGCUGGAAGAAGCUGGAAUGCAUGAGAAAAGUGCUGAACUUCUUCUCAACAUUGGUCAAACAAAAGCAGCCAUUUCUGCAUUGUGUAGUGCAAAAGAAUGGUCAAAAGCUAAACAAGUUGCUUCUGAAUAUCUUCCAGAAAUGAUACCAGAAAUUGAGAAAGCUUAUAAAGAAAGUUUAAAGGUUAAUUUUCAUUUCAACACAUGUUAUAGAGAAAAAAAAACAAUUGUUUUUCAGAAUGAAGGCAGACUUGGUGAACUCAUAGAUGUUGAUGUUAUUACUGCAAUUGAUUUGAUGAUUGAACGAGAUCAGUGGGAAAAAGCACUGGACACUGCCAAACAACAAAAUGUUGGUUGUGUUUUUAAGAAAUACUUAAGAUAAACAAAAUUUAUUUUUUUUCAGUAUCGUCCACUUCUUGACAAAUAUGUUGCACAAUAUGCAGCUCUUCUUGUUCAUCGCAAUGAAUUGAGUAAAGUAUUGACAAUUUUGGAAAAAUAUGGUGCUUCUGGAAAUCCUGCAAACUUCUCAAUAUAUAAAUUAUUGGUUGAAGAAGUUCUUGACAAGCCAACAAUUGUGUAUGAUGAAAUUUCAAGAGUUCGAAACAUUCAUUUGGAAGUAUAUAAAUCUUUGAGAAGUGAAAAUUCAGAACAUGUUGAAUUAUUUGAACGUUAUUUAUGGGCUUUGCAUCUAUUAUCAAUGAGAACUGCUUUGGAAGAAUUUGGAAACACUUCAGAUGCUCCUAAACUGUGUUUCAAACAAUCGUUGGCACUUUUGAGAUUCACUGAUAUUUUGCCACCUGAUCGAAUUUUUUAUGAAGCUGGUUUAGCUGCCAAAGAAAUUGGUGGAACUUAUGAAAAUCUUGGGUUCCUUCUUUUGAAUCACUAUUUAGAUCUUGUUGAUGCAAUUGAAGAAGGAAAUGGAGAACUUGUAGAUUAUGCUUCUUUGGAAAAAUCAGAUAUUCCAACAGAAGUUGCACUUCCAUCCAAACAAUGGCUAGAGGUAACCGCAUUCAAUGUUCUUAAUUUUAGAGAAAAAACGGUUUUAUUACAGAGUCAGAAACAUGAAGAUAUAAAAGAAUGGGUGUUGGCAGCAUCAGUCGAUGAUUCUUCAAACAAAAAACUUGUUUAUGAUAUUCGCGGUAUUUUUGAGGCGUCGUUAUCUGAUGGAACUGGCGGUUCACCUUCAGAACCAUGUCUAAUAACAGGUAUAUUUUAUUUUUUGAUUUAAAGUGAAAAAAUGACAAAACAAUUUAUAUUUUUAAAGGUUAUCCUGUAAUCAAUGAACCGGUUCAAAUUGGAGAAUUGACAGCUGAGCGGGAAGAUUUGAAUCGUUUAUUAAUAAUUAUAAAAUCGCAUCAAACAGACAAUUUACUGAACAUUCAGAAUUUUGUUACAAAGUGGGCUGGUGCACCACUGGCAAUUACAUUGUAA